AUGCACGACACUGGUUUAAGGAUAAUUCAUUACUCUACAAUGAGUAAAGUAGUGCAUGCGUAUUUCAGUGCCAAAUGCCACCAACUCAAAAGUGCUCUCAACACUAGAAUCAAGACGUCUCUAAAUGUUCUUUCACGUUUUGGUGCACUUCAGAGUCCGUUGGUUCUAGAAAGGGUAGAAAAAUCAAUGAAUCUCGCAGCUCAAAGAAAAAUUGUCAAGUUUGAUUCAAUGAUUGGCCCUCUAGACUCGAAGGUUGAUUUACAAACAGAUAAUACUGCGUUGACGGUUAUGCUCUCUUCGAUAAAGUUGGUAAUCAAGUUCCUCCAGAGAGUUGUUAACAAACGUUGGCCCAAAUUUUAA